AUGACCGUUCACACACCCCCUACCAAGCAAAAGGCCGUCAUCUACGACCAGCCUGGGACGGUUUCGACGAAGGUUGUGGAACUCGAUAUUCCAGAGCCUGGUACUGGCGAGGUUCUGAUUAAUUUAACACAUUCGGGCGUGUGUCACUCGGACUUUAGUAUCAUGACCAACAAAUGGACCGGCUUCCCAUACCCAACCCAGCCAGGCCAAGUGGGCGGCCAUGAAGGCGUGGGUAGGGUAGUCAAGCUCGGUGCGGGCAGCGAAUCCUCAAACCUGAAGAUCGGCGAUCGAGUCGGCAUCAAAUGGGUUUCCAGUGCAUGCGGGAACUGCCAACCCUGCCAAGCCAGCGCCGACGGACUAUGCUUCAACCAGAAAGUCUCCGGCUACUACACACCAGGAACAUUUCAGCAAUACGCACUAGGGCCCGCAAACUACGUAACCCCCAUCCCAGAUGCUCUCGACUCGGCCGCCGCAGCACCACUCCUCUGCGCCGGCGUAACCGUAUACUCUGCGCUGAAGCGUAGCCACGCGAAACCCGGUCAGUGGGUGGUAAUCUCCGGCGCUGGUGGGGGCUUAGGCCACCUUGCCGUGCAGCUCGCGAGUCGUGGAAUGGGUCUGCGGGUAAUCGGCAUCGACCACGGCAGCAAAGAGGGACUAGUCAAGGAAUCCGGGGCGGAUCAUUUCGUGGACAUCACGCAGUUCCCGAGGGACGAUAAAGGCGCUGCGCUGACGAAACAUGUUCAUUCGCUAGCGGAUGGGCUGGGUGCUCACGCGGCGAUUGUCUGUACGGCUGUGAAUGCGGCAUAUGCGCAGGCGCUGCCGUUACUCCGUUUCAAUGGUACAUUGGUCUGUGUGGGCCUUCCGGAAAAUGACCCGCAGGCUAUUGCGACGGCGUUCCCGUCUACGAUGAUCUCCAAUCAAUGGAAUAUUACGGGGUCGGCGGUUGGGAAUCGGGCGGAGGCUAUUGAGACUAUGGAGUUUGCUGCGAGAGGUGUUAUUAAGGUGCAUUAUCGAACUGAGAAGAUGGAUGCUUUGACUGAGGUAUUUAAGGAGAUGGAGGAGGGAAAGCUGCAGGGUCGGGUUGUGUUGGAUCUUUCUGGGUAA